AUGUUGGCCAUGUUCGCCAUUGGUCUCCUUUUUCUGGGCUCCGCCACCAUCACUAUCGGCCAACCACCUGUCCAGCAAUAUCUCAUGGACGACGGUCUUAUACUUCCAUCAAAAGGCACCGAGCCAUCUACGGCAGUAGCUGAACAGCCAAGCGAUGAGGAUAUUCUCACGACGGAAGCGUUCGCACCUCCAAAACAGUACCGUCUACAACCACCUGUGACGGAAUCACCGCGACAACGUCGUGACGCCGACGGGGACGAACUUGGUGGCGUGUUUUUCCAGUUUACACCACCACAGGAUGACGUGGUGAUGGAAAGCAAAGAAGUGCCAAUAUUCUUCCAAGAACUGCCUUCCAUCGAGCCCAUUGAAGUCGUUUCUCUAGAGGGAGCCAUUCAAGAACUUAAAAUUAUCGACGAUCCUUCGGAGGCGGCAAAACAGUGCGAUGAACUCUGGUGGCGGAAACGGAAGAUCCUAAAGGCACGUCAUCAGGGGAAGAACGAUGAUGAAGGUUCAGGACUACCUUUGGAUCAGUUCAAGGAUCAAGCAGAUAAAGCAAAGAGUCGUGAGAAGGAAUUCCCACCAGCACCGACACCACCACCGCCUCUACCUAUGGAUCUAGGUCGGAAACCAUCUCACGACCGCGAUGAACGUGAUCUGUUAUAUCCGUUUGGAGAUAGCCUCCUACUGCCUUUUCACCGACACGGUCCAAUACCGCACUCCUCUAUAGGUCUCCUUGUCAGCACGAUAGUAGUUUAUGAUCAC